AUGGAGACAAUAUCUCAAGAGGACGCCUCAAUUCUGGACAAACUAGACUCUGUUGUCCCAGCUCCUCUCGCUCAAUUCGAUGCAUUUCCCAAGCUACCUUCGACGUAUAAGGCGCGUUCAGAGUCUCGAGGAUUCAUGACAGUCUUUGUCUGUAUUUUGGCAUUUUUGUUAAUGCUGAAUGACAUUGGCGAGUUCAUCUGGGGAUGGCCGGACUACGAAUUUAGCGUUGACAAGGACACCUCCAGUUUCAUGAACAUUAACGUCGAUCUGGUCGUGAAAAUGCCCUGCAGAUAUAUCAGUGUUGAUCUCAGAGAUGCAAUAGGGGACCGUCUGUUUCUGAGUGGAAGCGGUUUGAAGCGGGACGGGACUCGUUUUGACAUUGGUCAGGCUACCAAGCUCAAAGAACACUCAGCGAUGCUCUCAGCGAUGCAGGCUGUUGCUCAAUCCCGAAAAUCUCUCGGAUUCUUCGACACUCUUCUCCGAAGAAACUCAAAUGCAGAAAUUGCACCAACGUACGAUCAUCCUCCCCACCCGAGUGCCUGUAGGGUAUACGGAACUAUCGAAGUCAAGAAGGUUACAGCCAACUUGCACAUAACGACUUUAGGUCAUGGUUAUGCUAGCCGCGAACAUGUGAACCAUAACCUGAUGAACCUUUCGCAUGUUAUAACGGAGUUUUCCUUUGGCCCUUAUUUCCCAGAUAUCGUGCAGCCUCUCGAUUACUCGUUCGAACUGGCCAAAGAUCCGUUCGUUGCAUAUCAAUACUUCCUCCAUGUCGUGCCUACCACAUAUAUCGCUCCUCGUUCCGCUCCGCUGCACACCCACCAAUACAGCGUGACUCAUUACACUCGAGUGAUGGAACACAAUCAAGGAACACCUGGCAUCUUUUUCAAGUUUGAUCUUGAUCCAAUGAGCUUGACGAUACACCAGAGAACGACCACUUUCACUCAACUAAUGAUCCGAUGUGUUGGUGUCAUCGGUGGAGUGUUCGUAUGCAUGAGUUAUGCAAUCCGUAUUACCACCCAUGCUGUACAAGCCGUGACUGGAGCAGACGACGAAGUCAUCGUCUCCGCGAGCUCUAGCGGCGCUAAAGGCGGUCUGCGGUCCAAGUGGGGAGGUGGCGAGCUCCGUGCUAGGGGCAAGAUGGUUCGUCAAGGAUCAGGUUGGACCAUGGAAUCAAAUCCUGCAUCUCCAGCUAUUGGUAGCGGGUACGGAAGCUAUACAAACACCCCACUCUCUCAAUCAUUCUCACCUGCGCCUUCUCCGUACCUUGCAUCGCCGUCAUUCGGCUCCCCUAUGAUGCCUUCUUCCAACCCCGGGACUCCCAUUCCUGGCGCCUCUUUCCCAGCUAGCCCUCGACCUUCCUCUUUAUACCAUUCCAGGCCUCCUUCAAUGAGCGGAGGAUUAGUUCCUGGUCCAGGUGCUUCUACGAUAGGAUUGGGUGGGGCAUAUCCGCCGUCUAUACCUGGAACACCUUCGUUUUCCAAUUUCCCACCUACUCCCAAUCCUGUGAACGGCAAUGGAAGUGGGUUCCCAGCGGGUCCGCCUCCUAGAAGGACUCCGUCUGGCGGAAGCGGUAAGAAGGAUGAUUAG